ACAGGCCAAUCACAAACCGCUAUCUUUUUACCCCGGAAAAUAUUUUCUCCCGACAGGAGGCGGUUGUGAUUUUUGAUGCCAAAGUUGUUUUUACAUUUUCAGUGUUUGUGUUUUUUUGUCUAGUUACAUUUUUUCUUAAAUAAUACUAUUUAUGUUUGUAGUAGGGCGUUCAUUUUGCGCGCUUUCUGGGUCAGUAUUCUGGUUCUGUCGCAUUGCUCCAGGUGGUGUUAGCUACGAUGUUCUGUUUCUGACUCAUUGCUGGGACCGUUAUUAUAAUCGUCACGUUGAUAUUACAUGUAAAUAAAAUCAUCAGUUUUUGUCUACACCGUGUAAUAAGCGCUGUGCAUUAUUAUGGAAUCGGUUUAUAAAGAAUAAAGGUAAAUAACGUGAAAGCACCGAUUCUGGUGAUCCAGCACAUCCAUAUUAACACAGCCACUUCCUCCAGGCAGCCCAUGGCUGAGCAGCAUGAGCCCCUCAGCUUCAGUCCAGCUGACCCUGCAGCAGCUGCAGCACACAGCUGGUUCCCCACACCCCCUCCACCCAUCUACUGCUGCACCCUGACUCCAGAGCUGGAGGCCAAGGCUCGAGAGGAGCUCCAGGAGAAGCCGGAGUGGCGCCUUCGAGAUGUCCAAGCGCUGAGAGACAUGAUUCUUAAGGAGCAGCCCAACCUGCACACCCGCCUGGACGACGCCUUCCUCCUGCGCUUCCUGCGGGCCAGGAAGUUUGACUACGACCGUGCGCUGCAGCUGCUCCUGAACUACCAUGCGGGCCGCAGGGCCUGGCCCGAGGUGUUCCAGGACCUGAAGCCCUCCACGGUCAAACACGUCCUGGACCUGGGCUUUCUCACGGUCCUGCCACGGCCAGACCCCAACGGCAGGUACAUCCUCUGUCUUCGCCCAGGGAAAUGGAAACCAAACGAUUAUCCAUUUGUUGACAACGUGAGAGCCAUUUAUUUGACUCUGGAGAAGCUAAUCCAGCCGGAGGAAACGCAGGUGAAUGGCAUCGUCAUCUUGGCCGACUACACGGGAGUGGGCAUGUCCCAGGCGUCCAAUCCAGGUCCGUUUCUUGCCAAAAAAGUCGUGAGCAUCCUCCAGGAUGGCUUCCCGAUCAGAAUCAAGGCCGUCAACAUCAUCAACGAGCCGCGGAUUUUCAAAGGCAUCUUUGCCAUAAUUAAGCCGUUUCUGAAGGAAAAGAUGGCAGAAAGGUAUGUCCUCCACGGCUCAGACCUGCGCUCCCUGCACCGUAACCUCCCGGCGUCAGUCCUGCCAGAGGAAUACGGCGGCACCGCCGGCCGGCUGGACAUGGGCGCGUGGUCCAGACUGCUGCUGGACUGCGAGGAGGAGUUCAUAGUGGAGUUCUGCCAGCCCCACCCACUAGAGGGCGCCAUGCUUCCAGACUCCGUGCUGUAUGAAGGCGAGCAGGCCGGCGGGAGCGUGGAGGACACCUUCAGGAGUCUGCGCUCUCAGCUCUACUACUGUUACUGACGGGAGGACUCCCCGUUUCCUCUGAAACCUGUAGAGGGCAAGUUGCCAAUAUAUUAUGUAGAUGAUUUAUUUUAUUAACUGCUCAGCACUUCUCUAGGAGGAGAGUCGUCUUUAGUUUACACACGACCAGCAUUCGAUCGCCGUCCAGGGCAGCUCCGGUCCAGCGUUACUGGGACACGUUCACGUUGUUCAGAAGCUUUUUGUGCCUACAGUCCAAUGCAACAGGUCUGACCUGCUGCUGCAAGAAGCUACAAAGAAAAUAUCCGAAUCACAGCAGCACAGUGGGGGCCUUCCAGGUGCCGGUCUGAAGCUGUAAAAACAUCUGCAGGCGCCCUACUUGCUAAGUGCUUGAAGCUGCUGAAAGUUAAUUUUAGCUUCUGCUGAGUUUUGUUGCCUGGAUGGAAAAUUGUCCUCUUUUCUGAAAAGUGGAUUCUCUAAAUGUUAGGUGUCAUCAGCAGGAAUAAUUACAGCCUUUUGACGAUGAAGAAAAGCUCAGAUCACCGUUGAUGUGAACAAAAAAAAAAGUUUUUACAGCGAAUAUUUCCUGUUUAUUAUCGUCACCCGGUCAACAUUUUCCAUCCCAGCUCAGCAGACGUGGCGUUCGUCCAAAACGUUUUUUAACACUAAAAACAUUGCCUUUAACCAUGGAAUUAUGUUGGAGUUCUGUGAGGUAGAAGGUCGUGUAACUUAACUGUUUAACAGUCUUUGUUUAGUCUUUUAUAGCCUAAAUCUUUCAGGAUAAUUAUUUAAAGUUUUCAGCCUUAUGAUGCAUGUUUUGGGUUUUUUUUUUUUACAUUUUUUGCCUGUUUUUCAUCACUGUAAACGUCCGGUUUGCCAAACGGUGCAACAGACCAUUUUAUCACGUGCAAUACUGUUGCGUCUGGAGCCCAAAGCUUUUUAUUUUGGUCUCUUUUUUUAUUUGGUUCGUCUGUGACUGUAAGAUGUGUUUGUUUGAAACAGUAAAGUUUAGCUCCAAUACACUCCAGAACUGUUUUGCGUGUGUACUGUGGGCGCCUGUUGGUUCAGGACGGGGCACGCCGCGCCCCCUUCCCGGGCCUCGGGGGGACGCCACCUCUAUUUUCACAUUAUUGCAUCUGUUCAAGCCGAGUUCCAAAAACCAGGGCCAUAAAUCCCCAAAGACGACAAACACACAGAGCCGGAAGCAAUGCGCAGAUGUCAAUACUUGGUUUAUGAUGUGAAAGUUAUGGACAGAGAAAGUCAUAAAUAAGAAACAAAUAAAGCCGUCUCUGCUUAA